AUGCUUAAAAAUAAAAAACAAGGAUAUGAAGAGUUUGAAGAGGCUAAGGAUAUGAUAAGGAAUCAUUUUAAGGAUGGAGCAGCAUUAUGGUUCGAGAGUAAGCAAAAUGAGUUGCAAGAUUGGGAAGAAUUUGAAAGAAAAUUUUUGAAAUAUUAUUGGGGAAAAGAGAAACAGAUGGUCGUGAAUAGUGAACUACAAAAUGGGAAAUAUGAUGAGAAACUAGGAAAAUCCGAAGAGAAAUAUGCAUUGCAAGUAUACGCCAGUGGGCAAUAUUUAAAUUAUAAUUAUUCGGAAGAACAGCUAGUUGAAUUGAUAGCAAGACAUUUUGACAAUACAAUGGAAGACUAUGUCACCUUGCAAGGAUAUAGGGACAUGGACAGUUUAUGCCAGUUCUUAGUUGUAAGAGAGGCUCGAAGAAAAGAAAGAAGGACACGUAGGCAAACGGAAAACAAUGGGAACAACCAAACAAACCGAAUACACAACUACAGACCGUCUCAUAAUGAAAAUACAUACCGAUACAAUGGAUAUAGGGAUAACGAAGGACAAAGAUAUACAAACAAUUUUCAUCAAAAUAGAUAUGAGCAGAAUAGAAAUGGAUAUCAGCAAAAUAGAUCUCAAAACAAUGGGAAAAAUUAUAACAGUCAACCAUAUCAGCCAAAUACAGGAAGGGAAAAUUUUAACAGAGGAAACCAAUAUAACAACCACAAUGGACAAGGAAGAGAACGAAACAGAGAAAUAAACAACCUAAGUUUAAUCAGAGAAGGAGAAGGUGAACAAGGACACCAAGAAAUAGACAAUGUGGAAGUAGAAAGCAAUAGAGCAGGGCCAUCUUUUCGGGAGAGCACUCACUAA